GAUGGCUCAAACCCUGGGCUGAGCUGGGCACACAAAUUGAGCUGCAGUAGCAAAAUUUCAUUUCUGUUUUUAAUCUCCUUUCAGUCAUUUAUCUUACCUGCCUCCUUUGCAAAUAGGAAAAUCAUAUCCCUGUCCCAACACCUGGCUUGCUGAGGCUGAGCAGCCUCAGUAAAAUAUCUAACAACCAGAAGUGGAGACCAAGUACGGGAGAGUCCGAGGGUACCAAUUCAAGGUGGACACAGCUGAGAGGACUGUGAAUGUCUUUUUGGCACUUCCUUUUGCUAAGCCCCCGCUUGGAUCACUGAGGUUUUCCGAGCCCCAGCCACCUGAGCCAUGGGAAGGUGUCAGAGAUGCCACUUCCUACCCACCAAUGUGUCUACAGGACCAAGUACAAGGACAGUUAAUUUCAAAUAUCGCUACCAACAGAAAAGAGAAAGUUCCUCUGCAAGUGUCUGAGGAUUGCUUGUACCUAAAUGUGUACACACCUGUUUCUACAGGAAAACAGGAGAAGCUGCCUGUCAUGGUAUGGAUCCAUGGAGGUGGAUUAGUUUUUGGAGCAGGUUCAUCAUAUGAUGGCUCAGCAUUAGCAGCCUUUGACAACGUGGUGGUUGUAACAAUUCAGUACAGACUGGGUAUUGCUGGGUAUUUUAGCACUGGUGAUGAGCAUGCCCGAGGUAACUGGGGAUACUUAGACCAAGUGGCGGCUCUUCGGUGGAUUCAGGAAAACAUCCUGCAUUUUGGAGGAGAUCCAGGAUCUGUCACUAUCUUUGGAGAAUCUGCAGGAGGAAUCAGUGUUUCUGCUCUUGUCUUAUCUCCCCUGGCCAAGGGCUUGUUCCACAAGGCCAUUUCAGAGAGUGGCACUGCAGCCCUGGGCUUGUUCACUGACCAGCCUAAGGAGGAUGCACAAAAAAUUGCUGCUGUCUCUGGCUGUGAAAAAUCCAGUUCAGCUGCAAUGGUUGAAUGCUUGAGAGGAAAAACAGAAGAAGAACUACUACAGGCAACACAGAAAAUGGAUUUAUUUUUCAGCAAUGGAUGUGUAGAUGGUGCCUUUUUUCCAAAGAGUCCCAGGGAAUUACUAUCUGAAAAAUCAAUCAAUGAAGUCCCAUACAUCAUAGGAGUAAAUAACUGUGAAUUUGGAUGGGCGUUGCCUAUGAUGAUGAAAUAUCCUCCUUUUGUGGAUGGUCUGGAUAAAGAUGUUGCACGUCAAAUUUUACAGAGCAACUUAGCAAUAUUCAUUAAGGGCCUGACGUCUGAGGUUGUUGACAGAGUGUACAAGGAGUACAUGGGGGAUGCAGAAAGCCCUGCCCAGGUCCGAGAUGGCCUCCUGGAUGCAAUGGGAGAUGUCUACUUUGUCAUCUCAGCUGUGGAAGUGGCCAGACACCACAGAGAUGCUGGCAACCCAGUCUACUUUUAUGAAUUUCAACAUCGACCGAGUUCAGCGGAAGGUUUGGUACCAGAGUUUGUAAAAGCAGAUCAUGGAGCUGAGGUUGCCUUUGUCUUUGGAAAGCCAUUCUUAGCUGGAGGUGCUACAAAAGGAGAAAAUGAGCUCAGCAGAACUGUUAUGAGAUACUGGACCAACUUUGCUAAAAAUGGAAAUCCCAACGGAGAGGGCUUGGUCCAUUGGCCUCAGUAUGACCUGGAGGAAAAAUACCUGGGAAUAGACCUGGAGCAAAAGGCAGCAGAGAAACUGAAAAAGCGCAGAGUGGAAUUUUGGGCACAGCUUGGGAAACAAAGUCAAAUUGGAAGGAGAAAACACACAGAUUUAUAAGAUCCAUGGAUGCUACAGUUUGCUUUAAAACACAAAGGAAAGUCAAAGAAAAUGGGUUUGACAGCAUACAGAGUAAUAAUCACCUUCUAACUCACUGUUGUGUAAUCUGCUGUCCUAAUCACAGUGAAGGGAGAGAAACAAGGGGCAUUUGGAAUAUUUAUCAGACUGAAAAUUACUAUUUAGUGGAGCAAGCAGAAAAACCCCCCACAAUCUUUCCAUGUCCAGACAGGCCACGGUACCUACUCAGUGCAUAUCAAAACUGAAUACUGAGGUGGGAAUGGGCAAAUGAACUGAAAUCUAUAGGAAAUGAUCUAUACAGAAUAUACCCUAAGUGUCAGACUAUUUUAUAAGCUUAUGCCCUUCUUCUUGCAGAAGAGCAUGGUCAGUUGUCCUUCCUAGAGACUCUUUCUGCUUUCUGUAGCUGGAAUUAGGCAGCAGAGAAAGAGCAUCCCUCACAUUACACCUGUGGGGCGGGCUUGACACCUCGCAAAAGAGGACAGAAAAUCUCUACCUGUUUUAUUGCUUUGUGAUUGUUAUAAAUAAAUGUUGCUUUGAUUUUCUGGAA